GCCCCCUCUCGGCCGCUGUUUCCAGGUGAACGCGAGGGGGGAGAAUCGGAAACCAUGGCGGAAACGGCAGCUAGCGGUGGUGACGAGGGAGGGGCGCCUCACCGGCUGGAGAGGAAGUGGACGUUCUGGUUCGACAACCAGACGAAGCCGAAGCAGGGCGCCGCCUGGGGCACCUCCCUCCGCAAGGCCUACACCUUCGACACCGUCGAGGAGUUCUGGUGCUUGCAUGAUCAGAUAUUUCGUCCCAGUAAAUUGCCUGCAAAUGCUGACUUUCACUGCUUCAAAGCUGGAAUAGAACCCAAGUGGGAAGAUCCUGAAUGUGCAAAUGGAGGCAAGUGGUCUGUUACAUGUAACAGGAAGUCGACUCUUGACACCAUGUGGCUAGAAACGUUGAUGGCUUUGAUUGGAGAACAAUUUGAUGACGCUGAGGAAAUCUGUGGUGUUGUUGUUAGUGUGCGCCCAAGGCAGGACAAGCUUGCGUUGUGGACUAAGGCGGCUAGCAAUGAAGCUGUUCAGAUGAGCAUUGGGAGGAAAUGGAAGGAAAUCAUGGACUUCAAUGAUAAAAUUGUAUACAGCUUCCAUGAUGAUUCCAGAAGAGAAAAAUCAAGCAGAGGUGGUCGAUACUCGAUAUAGUAUCUGUAUCUGAGCAUUCCAUUUGACUCGUUGAUCGUCAGCAGCGUGUAGUCUGUGCCAACACCAACCUUAUGCUAGUUCCUGAGCAACUUUGUCAGUCUAAAGAUCUUUCUUGGGGCCAAGAAAAGACCACAUUGUCUGAGAUGUUAAAUAAAUUGCAAUCAGGAAGUAUUUAUAGUGUGCUAUAUAUCUUAUCCAUAAAGACUGGACAGUUUAUUGUCCCCUGUUCUAUUGCCAUGGUUCAAUCUCAAAGUCCAAUGUGCGUUUCUGUUUGUUUU